AUGGAUCGGUCGAAUAAUUUCCGUACCAAUUUUGUUGGUCGUAUGGUUGGAGAUAAAGCGGAAUGCAGUCGAUUUCAGAUUGAAGAGCAAAUCCUACGCGAGGAUUCUGAUGUCGACCUGACAAAAUUAGCACAAUUCGCAUUCAAACAUUACGUUCCCAAAAUUCAUCGCGUACCAAUUUGGAAAUUAUUGCUGAGAGUGUCGUCAACUGCACCAGAAGUGAGAAAAGAUAUAACAGAACAUCGGAUGCAGGAAGCAAAAGUCUUAUUGUCAUCACUUCGUGCGAUGCGAUUAAAUGCUGUGAAAUCAGAUAACGAUAAAGAUUUGAAUACGGAGUAUCAUCCAACAGAGGUUGAUAUUGUGCGAAUGAUUCAACUCGGAGAUGAGACUUCUAUGAUGCACAACAAUCAAGAUGCUUUGGAAAUGAACUUUCAAGCGCAGUUAGCGAUAGCUAAACAAAUGUCAGUAAUUUGUGAAUCAAACUGGGUCGACACUUAUUGGUUGACAAAAGUCUUUGAUGAGUUAUUAUCUCAUGUCUUUACUCAGAAGGUCCUCACAGAGGUUGUGGACAAUCUAAAAAGUCAACUUGUCAAGGCUUAUGCAAAAACGAGCGAUAUUGAUGAACUUAUUUGGGAAAAUAUGCCAAUGAAUUUUUGGGUACGAUGUGGUGGAGCAGUUGUUUUUGAUCAUGAACCCUUAUUAAAUUUAUGGGAUAAAGUAUGCAGUUCUACUGAUUGUGGCAUAAUCAAAUUAUUAUCGACCGUCAUUUACAAUUAUCUUAUUGAACUGAAACCGUAUUUACCAAAAUUACAGAUCAAUGAUUUUACGUUAGGCAAAGGGAUCUUAUCAGUCAAGACUCAAAAUGCUAUUAUAAAAAGUUCCAUUGACGGUAUGCUUCAGUCAGGAAGAUUUUGUUCCAAAAAAUAUGAAAUAUGA